ACUGGUGCAUACCUAAUAGACCGGGACCCCACUUACUUUGGACCCAUCCUGAACUUCCUCCGUCAUGGGAAGCUGGUCCUGGAUAAAGAUAUGGCUGAAGAGGGGAUCUUAGAAGAAGCUGAGUUCUAUAACAUUGGUCCUUUGAUCCGAAUAAUCAAGGAUCGAAUGGAGGAGAAGGACUACACAGUCACUCAGGUGCCUCCUAAGCAUGUCUACCGUGUGCUACAGUGCCAGGAAGAGGAGCUCACUCAGAUGGUUUCCACUAUGUCAGAUGGAUGGCGCUUUGAACAGCUUGUGAACAUUGGCUCGUCCUAUAAUUAUGGGAAUGAGGAUCAGACAGAGUUCUUGUGUGUGGUCUCCAAAGAGUUGUACAACUCCCCCAGUGGCCUAAGCUCUGAGCCCAGCCACAAAGCCAAGACCGUCCAUCUAUUCGGGAUUGCGCUAAACUCUCUUCCUGCGGACCCUCCCUUCUGCUCCCCUCCGUGUCCAUCCCAGCACUGUCAUCUACCUCCCACAUUGCCCCACUCGCCAGCCUCCAGCCUCCAGCAUCCUUCCCUCUGCUCUCUUUGUCUCCCAGGGCUCAGAGUGGUCUCUGCCCAGGGUCCUGUCUCUCUCUGCUCCUCACUUUUCCUCCUCUGCAGGUAUGUUACCUGUCUGCACUCCCAGCUCCUGCCAGCCUGAGCUCUGCAUGAGUGACUCACUUCCCUCUUGUGGCUGCUACAAGCCAUAGAUCUGAGGAUGUGAUCUCAACACUCCAGCCUUUUCAUUUCUUGUUUGUAUCUUUUUUUUUGUACUGCAGUGUAUGGCAGCCCCUUGCCCCACAGUGACACCCUCCAGCCCCCUUCACUCUUCACAUGCAGUCAUGUUUUUUUUACAAACUCACCUCAGAGGCCUGAGCCUCCAGCCCUGGAGGAGGGCAGAUGCUCCAUGGAGCCUCUGGGCUGCUGUAGGAGCUGGAGCCCACGGCCCCCUCCUAUGCCUGGCAGUCUGGCUUUCCUUAAUGUCACAGUGGCCCCUGGUGGGGACAUCAGCAAUCAGCCACUGCAGCCUGCGGUCCCUUCCUGAACACCCUGGAUGCAAAUGGGGACCCAAGGUGGUGGCAACUGCAGAAGGACCAGUCCUUGCCCUUUUGCUGUUGCAGGCAGUUGGUCUGGGCUUAUGGCCAGAGGGCAAAUGCAGAGCCACAGUCCUUUUCUGGGCUACCUGCAUUGCUCCUUGGUGCCUCCCUCCCUGUCCCCCAGAGCAGCCCUGUGUCAGCAGGGUGAGGAGGAGACAGGUGUGCUGCCCUGGUACCUGAUGUUGUGUCAGCCAGCACCAGGAGAUCCCUGUUUUGGGGAGCGGGGUGUUUGCUUCACUGCUGUAUCUGAAGACUCCUGAAUAAAAUUCACAGUCUGUUCCUCC